GCAGUGCCCUCGCCCUGCAUAAUUGUUCAAUUGGACAAUAAAAUGGCGAUAAUCGCUUAGGUCUGAGCCCGUUUUGUAAUUGUCGUCGAGGGCCCAAUCCUAAACGACACCGGUCAAUAGCAUUUGUCCCGGUGGCUCUUGAUUCGCGGAAGCUGAAAAGAUUCGAACCGGUGCGUAUUGGUUCUCGAUCAGGAAAAGAAAAAAAAAGAAGAGAAAACCCUAAAAAAAGGUAUUAAACCCUGAUUCACCUUCUCCACCAGCUUCAUCCAUUGGUUUCUCUCUGCAAUCGAUUUAGGCAUUUUUUUUUAAGAAAAAAGAAGAAGAAAAUGGUGUGGUUCCAGUGUGAAGAUUGCGGAGAGAAUUUGAAGAAACCUAAGUUACCUAAUCACUUCAGAAUUUGCUCUGCCACCAAGUGGUGGUGGUGUAGCUAUCAUGCAUUGAUUGCGGAGAAAUGUUCGGUCAAGACAGAGUUCAAGGCCACACUCAGUGCAUUACUGAGGCGGAGAAGUAUGGCCCAAAGGGACAAGGGAAGAUUUCAAAUGGUGCAACACCUAAAUCCAACAAGAAGCAACAACACCCUGAUGUUGAUAUAACCGUUGGGUUAUCUGAUCGCCCUCCUUGGUUUUGUAGUCUCUGCAAUACCAGUGCUACUAGUAAGCAAACGUUGCUUCUCCAUGCUGAUGGAAAGAAGCAUCGGGCGAAGGCCCGAGCUAUUCAUGCUGCUAAGCAGCAACAAGCUAAACAGACAGAAGAAUCUGCUGCAACAGGAAACACCACAAAUGGUGAAUUGCAUGAUAAUAAACAAAUGGAGGAACAAAGAGAACAAAAUACUCCUGCAGCACAUGCCAAACCCGAAACUGACACUGAGAAAUUGCAAUCAAAGAGAAAAAGAAAAACUAAUGAAUCUGGAAGGAACGAUGCUGGGGAAAAGGCAGGAGCUGAUUCUCCAGAUGAAACAGAGGAUGGUCAAGCCAAAGCAGAGGGACAAGUGAGUGAGCUGAAGAAAGCUAAACGUGAUGGGCUUAAUGCUACUGGCUUUACAAAAGAAGAUACUAACAAGAAGAUAAAGUUGAAGAAGUUGAUUAAAUCAGCCUUGAGAACCAAUCCAGAUGGGGUUCUGAAGAUGAAGAAACUGAAAAAACUUGUUUUCAAGUCUCUACGGGAAUCUGGCAUAAUAGAGGAUGAAACCCGAGUCAAUGAUAUGCUCGAGCAAAAGAUCAAUACAAGUUCCAGAUUCAAAGCUGAUAACAAGUAUGUGCGUCUUGCGGCUAAAGAUUGAAAUAUAGACUUUUGACUGUAUAGAAGAGAAUUGCUAAUGGAUAGCUUGAUCAACUGCAGUCUGCAUCAUAUGUUAAUUUACUCAUUGUUUGAGAAUGAACGUGAACUGGUCCUUAUCUUGUUUACGGACCAACAGUUUUGGGACCUUUUGGAGCUUGUGCUAUUAUUUAGUUUUCUUUUCUAUUACUAGAGCAGUAUCACGGAAAGUUCGAUGAUUCUUGGCGAUUCUCAGUUUUAAUUCAUAAAGAGAGAAACUAUUCAAAACCAUCAUUUUGUAAGUGAGGUUGUUGCAUAUGGAAUGGCAGUUGUUGAAAACUGAAGGCAUUAUUUUGUAAGUGUUAUUGCCUAUAGAAUCGCAAGCAGUUAAAAAACACCAAUCUGUAAGGUCGUUAACUGUGGAAUGGCAGAUUCUUGUAUGCUGCUGGUUAUACGUCAUUUAUUUGCUAUCCAUCAA